UGUGUGCUCGGUCCAGACUAGAAGGACGGGGAGGAGCAGCGGAGACGGACACGGAUCUAAGAGAGAUAUACACAGAGGGAUCGCUAUCUCCCCCUCCCCCGGAGACCGACACAUAAGACCCUCUCUUCCUCCCAUACCCCCACCCUGUCACCGACACAGAGAAUCCUGUCCUCUCCCCCCUCCCUCAGCACCCUGACACACACUGGGCUGUCACCGGGGCCGCACUCAUCACCCAGCCAUAGGCUGUAAUGUCACUCUGAGGGGAGCUGCUUCUGCUGCGCCAGGGACACUGACGUUCUUCUAAUCCACUGAGGCAGCACCUAGCCACAGAGAUCCGCAGAAAACAGCUGCUGUCACUGAAAGGCUGGCUUCAUGAGGGUAUUGAGAGGAAGACGACGUACAGCCAGCCGCAGCAACCAAGACAAGAUCUCAUUGAGCCCCUUUAUAUUCUGCCUUGUUACCUUUUAGCGGUGUGCGAGAUUAAAAAAAAAAAAAAAAGAGAGUCUCUCCAUGACAGAAAAAUCCCUAUUGAUCUCUGAGCUGCACUUAAUGGAUUGAAGCUGGGGGUGAGGCACAAGGCAGCCCAGGCACAACCCAGUUUCCUAUAAACCAAAGAUAUUUUGGUAGAUUUCACUCCUUCCCUUUCUGAAGGAGCCACGUUAAUCUGUGGCAAAUGUCUGAAAAGGAUUAUUGUUAGAAGGGGCAGAUUCCAUCGUUUUUUUUCACGUUUGUCACAACCAUUAUUCUGUGUUGCAAGAGGUGUUUAGGGACGAUCGGAUCCGGAGACGUUCGAACAUUAAGCAGAUUUUCGGCCUCCAGGGAGGAGAGAGAGAGAAGAGAAAAAGAAAAAUAUAUUUUUUGUUUUGAAAAUUUGUUAUAAAUGGGGGAUUACGGGUUUGGAGUGCUGGUGCAAAAUAACACUGGGAAUAAAUCGGCUUUUCCGGUCAGGUUUCAUCCACAUCUGCAGCCUCCUCACCACCAUCAAAACACUACCCCGAGCCCUGCUGCUUUUAUAAAUAACACCGUUGCCAAUGGCAGUAAUGCUGGCUCAGCUUGGCUUUUUCCUGCUCCAGCUGCCCAUAACAUUCAGGAUGAGAUUCUGGGGUCGGAGAAAAUCAAAUCCCAACAACAGGAACAGCAAGAGUCUUUAGAAAAACAGCAGCAUUCCCCCAACCAAAGCCAGGAAGGAGGAAUCCUACCUGACUCAGAAAAGGGGAAAUCGGAUGAAAAUCAAGGCGACAGCUCACCCGAAAAUGGCAAGGAGAAGAUCCGAAUUGAAUCUCCUGUGUUGACAGGGUUUGAUUACCAAGAAGCAUCAGGGCUUGGGUCUUCAAAUCAGACCCUGACAUCCUCUGCAUCCCCUCUCACUGGUUUCAGCAACUGGUCAGCUGCUAUCGCCCCAUCUUCUAACACUAUUAUUAACGAAGAUGCGAGUUUCUUUCACCAGGGAGGGGUCACUGCUGCUUCAGCAAAUAAUGGUGCUUUGCUGUUCCAAAAUUUCCCUCACCACGUGAGCCCUAGUUUCGGGGGUAGCUUUUCUCCACAGAUUGGACCCAUGUCCCAACAUCACCCCCAUCAUCCCCAUUUUCAGCAUCACCACAACCAACAUCAACAGCAAAGGAGGUCCCCUGCGAGUCCACAUCCACCCCCGUUCCCUCAUAGAAAUGCUGCUUUUAACCAACUGCCCCAUUUGGCCAAUAAUCUCAAUAAGCCUCCCUCUCCAUGGAGCAGCUACCAAAGCCCAUCGCCCACACCAUCUUCUUCAUGGAGCCCAGGCGGUAGUGGAUAUGGAGGUUGGGGUGGGUCCCAAGGUAGGGACCACCGCAGAGGACUCAAUGGCGGAAUAACACCUUUGAAUUCCAUCUCUCCUCUGAAGAAGAAUUUCGGGAAUAAUCACAUACAGUUGCAGAAGUACGCCAGGUCCAAUUCUGCCUUUGCACAGAAAUCUUGGAUGGAAGAGAGCUUGAACAGAUCCGACAACAUAUUCCCAUUUGCUGAUCGCACUAGAACAUUCGACAUGCAUUCACUGGAAAGCUCCCUGAUUGACAUAAUGAGAGCAGAAAAUGAUUCACUGAAAGCAAGGACAUAUGGGCGAAGGAGAGGCCAGUCCUCUCUUUUUCCAAUGGAAGAUGGCUUCUUGGACGAUGGCCGAAGUGAUCAAACUUUGCACAGCGGUUUGGGGUCUCCUCACUGUUUUCCACACCAGAAUGGGGAAAGGGUGGAGCGAUAUUCUCGCAAAGUAUUUGUUGGUGGUCUACCACCUGACAUAGAUGAAGAUGAAAUCACUGCUAGUUUUCGUCGGUUUGGCCCUUUGAUCGUUGAUUGGCCACACAAAGCAGAAAGCAAAUCUUACUUUCCUCCCAAGGGCUAUGCAUUUCUACUGUUUCAAGACGAAAGCUCUGUGCAGGCUCUGAUCGAUGCUUGCAUUGAAGAGGAUAGUAAGCUCUAUCUCUGUGUUUCGAGUCCUACGAUUAAAGACAAACCUGUUCAAAUCCGGCCUUGGAAUCUCAGUGACAGUGACUUUGUAAUGGAUGGUUCACAACCUCUCGACCCAAGAAAGACUAUUUUUGUUGGUGGUGUCCCCAGGCCUCUUAGAGCUGUGGAGUUGGCAAUGAUAAUGGACCGCCUUUAUGGAGGAGUAUGCUAUGCUGGCAUAGACACCGACCCUGAACUGAAAUACCCAAAAGGAGCAGGGCGUGUUGCCUUUUCCAAUCAACAAAGUUAUAUAGCUGCUAUCAGUGCCCGCUUUGUUCAGCUGCAGCAUGGAGAGAUCGAUAAGCGGGUGGAAGUGAAGCCAUAUGUCUUGGACGAUCAGUUGUGUGAUGAGUGUCAAGGAGCUCGCUGCAGUGGCAAGUUUGCUCCAUUCUUCUGUGCUAAUGUUACCUGUCUGCAGUAUUACUGUGAAUAUUGCUGGGCUGCUAUUCACUCCCGUGCAGGGCGGGAGUUCCACAAGCCGCUGGUGAAGGAGGGAGGUGAUCGCCCAAGGCAUAUUUCAUUCCGUUGGAAUUGAGUGACCCAUUUACUUAACUUCCUUCCCAAGGAUCCAAAUAAGUGCACUCUUCUGUUCUCUUAAUCUCCCUCCCUCCCAUCAUUAGGAAAGCAUGUCCUCUUGUUGUAGUCUGUAUUUUAACAAUAGUAUAACGAAAGAAUGACCUACACCAUAGGUAUUUUGUAGAGUCUUGUGUCAUUGAGAACUGUAUUGAAACGCCUUUGUUGUUCCUAACAAUAUCACUCUGAUGCAUGCCAGUUUCAUGCUGUCCUCAUUGAAAACCAAGGGAGCAGGGAGACUGCAACAAUUUUAAUUAUUAUUAUUAUUAAUGUAUUUUUUUAUUUUGUCAAAGAAAAGAGCUUA